AUGGGUAUCCAGAAGAAGCAUGGUAAAGGUCGUCUCGAUAAGUGGUACAAGCUGGCCAAAGAGAAGGGAUAUCGAGCCAGAGCUGCAUUCAAAUUGAUUCAGCUGAACAAGAAGUAUGGAUUUCUGGAGAAGAGCAAAGUGCUGUUGGAUCUUUGCGCAGCACCUGGUUCAUGGUGUCAAGUAGCUGCAGAAUGCAUGCCAGUGAGCAGUCUCAUCGUCGGCGUGGAUCUCUCCCCAAUCAAAGCCAUCCCACGAGUUAUUACCUUCCAGAGCGAUAUCACGACAGAUAAGUGCCGAGCAACAAUACGAUCGCAUCUCAAGACAUGGAAGGCCGAUACAGUUCUGCACGAUGGAGCUCCCAAUGUUGGUACAGCUUGGGUACAGGAUUCGUUUAACCAGGCAGAAUUAGUUCUGCAAGCUAUGAAAUUGGCGACAGAGUUUUUGGUUGAAGGAGGCACGUUUGUCACAAAAGUUUUCCGGUCGAAGGACUACAAUAGUUUGCUUUGGGUUUUCAAUCAGUUGUUCGCAAAGGUUGAGGCAACGAAACCACCUUCAUCCAGAAAUGUUUCCGCCGAAAUUUUCGUCGUCUGUCAAGGCUUCAAAGCACCCAAACGGAUCGAUCCGAAAUUUCUUGAUCCACGAUCAGUCUUCGCAGAACUCUCUGACCCAACGCCAAACAACGAAGCUAAAGUCUUCAAUCCUGAAAUCAAGAAGCGCAAGAGAGAUGGUUACGAGGAAGGAAACUAUACACAGUUCAAGGAAGUCACAGCGAGCGAGUUCAUUCAAACAGUAGAUCCUAUCGCGAUUCUCGGCGGCAUGAAUCGAUUGAGCUUUGAACAACCCCCGAAUGGAGAUGUUGCGCUUGCAGCAAUCGACAAGCUACCCGAAACUACUGAAGACAUCCGAAUCUGCUGUGCUGAUAUCCGGGUUUUGGGGCGGAAAGAGUUUCGUAUGCUCCUGAAAUGGCGACUGAAGGUCAGAGAAAAGUUUGGCUUAGCGACCAAGAAGACAAAAGCCCCUGCAGAGGACGAGAUAGCAGAAGUUGAACCCAUGGAUGAGGAGUUGAAAAUUCAAGAGGAGCUCCAGGCACUUAGUGAAAAGGAGAGUGGAAAGAGGAAGAGAGAGCGACGAAGGGAGAACGAGAAGAAACAGAAAGAGAUCAUUCGGAUGCAGCUACACAUGACAGUACCUACAGAGAUCGGUCUUGAGCAAGCAGGACCUAAUGGCGAAGGCUCCAUGUUCGGUUUGAAGGCUAUUGACAAGGCUGGAUCCGUUCACAAGAUUGCGAAAGGAAAGAUGGCGAUCCUCACUGAGGCAGAUCGUCGGAAAGACCUGGAUAGCGGUCCUGGAUUAUGGGAAACCGAUAGUGAGAGCGAUGACGAGGAAGAUAAACUCGAUCGAGAACUCGACUCGCUUUACAACCAGUACCAAGAGCGAAAGUCUGAUGCUGAUGCUAAGUUCCGAGCCAAGAAGGCAAGAAAGGAACACGAAGAUGGUGACUGGGAAGGGUUUUCAGCAGGGGAAGAUGCCAGCGAUGAUGAUAAACUUGAAGAGGACAGUAGUGAUGAGUCGUCGGAUGAGGAUAGCACAUCAAAAAGACCCCUUUUGACAGAUCUAAAAGGCAAAGAUACGAAAAGCGGAGGGCUCUCGAGGCGAGCAGCACAUUUCUUUGACCAGGAUCUCUUCAAGGAUAUUGGAGGGCUUCCGGAAGAAGAACUCGCAUUCGAAGCAGAAGACGAGGAAGAGGUGUCCGCCGCCCUUGAACAGUUAGAGUCGAUACGACCGAUGGCAGAAGAGGAAGAAUCGGAAGAGGAGACCCCUAUGGCCGAUGAGGAAGAGGACAGUGACGAGGGUGGGUUUGAAGUUGUGAAGAAAACAGCUCUGGAGAAAGAGUGGGAAGAACAAGAACCUCGGAAGGAUGGCAAACUCGAUAUCGACAUCAUCACUGCAGAAGCUAUGUCAUUAGCACAGAAGAUUGCUACUGGAGAGGUGACAACCCGCGAGCUGAUAGACGAAGGUUUCAACAAAUACGCUUUCAAGGACCGCGAUGGACUUCCAGAAUGGUUCUUGGAUGAUGAGCACCGACACGACAAACCCCACCGUCCCAUCACUGCCGCAGGUGCAGCUGCCAUCAAGGAGAAACUCCGAGCACUGAACGCAAGACCUAUCAAGAAGGUACGCGAAGCCAAGGACCGGAAGAAGUUCAAGGCUGCACAGCGAUUAGAGAAGUUGCGCAAGAAAUCUGCUCUGCUACAAGACGAGGAGGGUAUGACCGAGAAAGAGAAGGCAACCAGUAUUGCGAAAUUGAUGAGCAAGGCUGCUAAGAAGAAGCCGAAGCAGCAAGUAAAGGUUGUUGUUGCGCGCGGUAAUAAUAAGGCUAUUGCUGGUAGACCUAGAGGUGUCAAGGGCAAGUACAAGAUUGUCGAUGCCAGAUUAAAGAAGGAUGUUCGAGGCGAGAAGAGAGCGGCGAAAAAGAGGAAAUGA